UGACCAGUUCCGCUCGCGCACCUCGUGUUUCGUUAGUGUAAACUGCAAUUAUUUGUCGGGUUUUUGCUAUCGUAGACGGGUUAACUAUGGAUGAUUCGCGUGUCCUGGUGGGUGUAGGCUGUUAGAAGUGAACAAGCUGCUUCCAAGAAUCGCAUCAACGAGGAAUCUGAGGGUUUUCUCUGAGCACUGCAGUUUCCUCCUCAUCCAAAAGAAGUGCACGUUGUGUAAAUUGACUCAGUCAGAGAAGAAGAACCUGCCGUUUUACUGUAGCACAAACAUGGCUGUGACAGAAGAGGUGUGCCAUGCUGAUAUGAGUACCAUGAAGAAAAUGAGAGCAAAUAUGAAGGAGGAGGAGGACAAUUUACAGAAGAUCUGUGGCCUCUUUCCAUGUUCUCUUCCUCAGACCUCUCUUCAGUACAGACUGCACCAGAUGCAACAUGAUAAAAAGCUGAAGAAACCAACUUUUGGAUCAGAGAAAUUCACACUGGACUCUUUCCAGUAUAGUUCCCUGCCCAUUCCGAAUUUUACAGGAAUGGCCAUUAACACUCAUCAACAGGUGCACAAUACAAAUUCUUUGGCUUUAUGUCUCUACCAAGAUAUGAGGAAAAGUUUUAUUCACAAAGCUGGCUUCAGAGAUGAUCUCUGUAUUGAUAUGAGACAGAAGCCUUACCGCUGUUCUGAAUGUGGCAAACAGUUUUCACACAAGAGCAGUCUUCAGAGUCACACAAAAAUACACACUGGAGAGAACCUGUAUUACUGUUCAGAGUGUGGCAAACCAUUCUCGCGAAUGAGCCAUCUUCAGGACCACUCAAGAAUUCACACUGGAGAGAAGCCUUUCGGCUGUCCUGAGUGUGGUAAACAGUUUUCACAAAUGAGGUAUCUUCAUAGCCAUAAAAGAACUCACACAGGCGAAAAGCCAUAUUCAUGUUCUGAAUGUGAGAAACGGUUUGCUGACAGGAAAGGUUUCCGGUGUCAUAUAAGAACUCACACUGGGGAGAAGCCAUAUUGUUGUACUGAAUGUGACAAACGAUUCUCGGACAGGAAGAGUUUUCGGAAUCAUACAAGAACUCAUACUGGAGAAAAGCCACAUGGCUGUGAAGAAUGUGGCAAAAGGUUCUCUGACAGGAAAGGACUUCAGAGGCAUACAAGAAUUCACACUGGAGAGAAGCCAUAUUCUUGUGAGGAAUGUGGCAAAAGGUUCUCUGACAGGAAAGGUCUUCAGAGACACACAAGAAUUCACACCGGAGAGAAGCCCUAUUCUUGUUCUGAAUGUGGCAAAAAGUUCUCGGACAGGAAGAGUUUUCGGAAUCACACAAAUUCACACCAGAGAGAAUCACUAUUGCUGUGUGGCAAACUAUUUUCUGAAGCAAACAAUCUUUAAACACACACUAUGACUCAAAUUUGAGACCUAGGAGGAAAGAAGGAAUAAGUGAUAAUGUAAUCAUUAAGUCUUAAUGAGUGUCUUCAAGUGAAAUGGUUUAUUGCAUAAUCUUUAAACCAAGCCUAUUCAAUGAGGAAAUUAAUAGUAUUAAAGGAUUCUAGGGAGAAACUUGCUCUGAAAGUAUACCAGGGAAAAAUGGUGUGGACCGCCAUCUCUGCUGGAGAGUCAAUCAUGGUUAUGACAAUCUAAGUAUAAUAUAACGCACUCUCCAGGGGGACAACAUAUAAACCCAAAGAAUCACCAAAACAUUCUUAAAUGAAAGAAAUCUGAAACAAAUCUGCGCAUUGCAGACAAAAAGAACCCAUGAUGUCUUACAAAAUCCCAACUCGUCCCUGAGUGAUUAGUAUAGAUGUGUUCAGUAAUGCUGGAAAAAGACUUGCUACUUAUUGUUGAUGACUUCUGUGAUUUUUGAGAAAUAGAGCUUUUCUUUGACCCAAGUAUGGAAAUAACAAUCGGACGCUGCAAGGUGGAGCUUACCAGAUACAAGCUACCAGACAGGGUCUUCUCCAAUGAGGGCCCUCAGCAUAGGUGUAUAUAUAGCGAGAUUCUAUGUUCGCUUCAGCCUGGCACAUCUACAGUGCUGCUGUCAUUUCAUUUAAAAGGAGUAUACAAAAUGUGGAUUUUUUGUUAACCUGUUACUUUUGCAGAAGACCACAAAACUGCACAGACGAUGGGUGUGAUGCAAGGAGAAACCUGCAGACAAGGCAGAAAGGGAUCACACUUCGACUGAGAGCUCUAACAUGUGCUUUCAUUUUAUUACUAGUUUGUAUUCACUGUACAAAAUAAGAAUUUUUUUUUUUAAAUCUGUGAAUUUUACAGAAUGCCUUUAAAUCUGCACAGCCAAUGGAUGUGAUGUAAGGAGAAACCUGCUGAAAAGGAUCACACUUCACCACUGAGAGCUGUCUUUCAUUUUAUUACUAGUUUGUAUUUUCUACUACAGGUAUUCCCUAGUUUAGUUGUGUAAUAUAAUCUGUCAGACUGAAAGUAGAAAGAAACAACACUAUUUGUAUUUUGACUAGUGUAAACUUAUUAAUGAUGAACUAUUUAAGAUUUGUUUGCCUGUAUGAAUAUGUAGUCAUAUUUUAGGUUUUGGUUUUCAAGUCCUUAUACAGCAGCACAAAAUAUUAUCGGCACCUGUCCAGAAUAUAACGGUAUAUAAAACACACACACGUGCUGCCUUAGAAAAAUGAACAGUAUUAUUAAAAACCUCAAGCAUUACGCAUGGUUCCUCACCUCCGUCCUCCCUUCUGGACCAUUGGCAGUCGCACCAGUAGAUUCAAAGACCAGGUUCUAACCUGAGGUCAUAAGGUUAUUGAACAGUCCGGCAUGCCAACACAUGCUGGACGUGUAUAUGUUGCGUCUGUUGUGUGUGUAUAUAUAUAUAUAUAUAUAUAUAUA